GUCGAUACUCUUCUGCCUUCUUUCACGCCACGCCCCCUUCUCCGCAUCUAACAACAAGAACGAGUUCGAGCUCCCUAGAACAUCCAAUCCGCAUGCGCAUCCAUGUCCAGGUUUGGCAUCCGACCACGCAGUAUCCCCACGUUCGCAGCCUUGUUUGGCGUCGGAUUCUGGGCUGGCACACGGCUCAAGUACGCUCAAGUAGCCAAACAACAUGCAGAAAAAAUGGCGCAGCAAGAUUCGACCGGUCAAAUACCCACGGGCCAAAGUCAGGGCAAGACCAUAGAGUCACAAACAGUCGAGUCAACUCCACAGCGGUUACAGGGCAACAAAGCUGCCUGAGAUUGCUGGGCGCUUCGCAGAAAUUUCAUAUACUCGCUGGAUCAGGUUGUAGCUCGUCAAACGGCAGUCGCACUAUGAAAUUUGUCUUGAAAAAGAGGUGGUUCUCCUGGACAUGUUCCUCGUCGUCCCGCGCUGCAGUAGCGGACGCAACUCCAUCCUCCCUGCGUCGAGAUUCGGACGCUGCCACUGCUGCAAGUCCUACGAGUCUCCCCUCUUCUUAUCCCCACCACGAUCUUGCCAGCUUCAUCACCGACGCCCGACGUACAGGCCUGUCUCCGACCAGCACCGUCUACACGGGCACGGCGUAUGAAUACUUGACCCUGGAAACCUUAAGUCGCUAUGGCUUCGAAUUGACCCGUGUUGGUGGAAGGGGAGACCGUGGCGUCGAUUUGGUCGGAUACUGGAGGGUGCCACGCUCUCCAGACAUACAUCUACGUGCGGGAUCCUCUUCUUCCGGUGAGACUGAGACUACAUCAAUAACAACUCGAUCGUCAGACGUGUACCGUGUUCUUGUCCAGUGCAAACGCCUAGUGGGCAAACAUGCCAAAAUCGGUCCGAAUCUAAUCCGCGAACUUGACGGUGCAGUCCGAGGAGCCAGAAUUGGUCGCCUGUUUCCCUCUGCAAUCGCAAGCCCGUCGACGGGGCGGGAUUCGACACUGCAGAGUGGCCUUUCAGAUGAAGUCACUGCUGGGGAUGAGUCGUCGACCGAUUUAGACAGCCAUACUACCAGGGAUCAGUUCCAUGUCUCAUCCGCCGCUUUAUCACCAUCUACUUCAGGUCCUGUAGUUGGUAUACUGGUGGGAACCAGGCCUGCCACCAAAGGCGUGGUGGAAAGUCUUCGUCGGUCGACACGGCCAUUGGUCUGGGUCAUGUUGGAGGAAGUUGAAUGUUCUGGCGACGCGGCAUCCUCGCCGGGUGGUGUAACUCGUCAGGAACGGAACUUGGAAGAUGCAUCUCCUCGUAUUGACCAGGCUUUCGAGGAUGGGGACAAUGAGAACAGAAGGAAUCUUGACCAGGACGCCCCCGGCAAUCUUCUCUCCUCUCCAGCUGGAUUCUCCGCCGGCGAACACGCUUCGCCAACGUUUCGGGCGCCGACGCCGUUGAAACGCGGCCAUAUCAAGCAGAUCUUGUGGAACCAGGCUGCGCGAGAAGCCGGGCUCGAGGGUGUCGAUGUAGUCAAACGAUAUCGACCUCGAACGUUACACGACCUUGAGAACGGCGAUGGAUGCGGUAGCGGCAACGGUGAGAUUGAGGAAUUGGUCCUGACCAGAGAAGGCCGGGUCAUUCUCGGCAUGUGAUUGGAGCCCGUGGGCAUGGAUGUAUAUUAUUGUCGGCCAUAUGGCCGGAAUCUGUCCCUGUGGCCAUGACCAAGGGUGUAAUAAUAGCGUAACAACACGGACCCGCCAUCUACAGUGAAACUCC